AGAGGUGAAGGAGCAAUGGCGGCUUGAGGAGGAAGAGCAAGGGACUGCGAAACGGGCAGUGAGAUGCGAGUUGAGAUGUCACAGAUAUGUCGUGAUAUAUCAUUCUAAACGACGAACCUGUUAACGGGCGCCACCAUAACGACGGGGGGCAUGGAAAAACCUUCCGAUGAGGCCAGAAACUUGCAAGACUCUGCCCAUGAAGCGAAGUUACAGUGUUCAGAGUCAUCAACAAUCACAGGUCACCCAGAAGAUGCACCAGAAUCAGAGGGAAGUCCUUCCCAGCAUGCUGGUCGAUCAACGGAGGAAGGAGAGGAUUGCAAACAUGCUGGCGGCCCAGCAACCCUUGAGAGCAGCCAGCAGCGUGACGUGGGAGAUAUAACUCUGAGAAUAGAUGAGAUAGAGCCCGGGCCUGAUAUUCUUGAGGCGAACGCUGGCAAGGUUCAGGCCCCGCUGUUUGUCAACUCCGUUGCGUUAGAGGCAAAGAAAAAGCCUUCGCUCUUCGGUGAACCUUCAUCGAUAGAACCCGACCUGGAUCCAGAAAACCUUCAAACAGGGCAGAUACUUCAAGUCUUGAGUCUGGGGAAGCUAAGAUGGGGUCAAGAUCCACAGAUAUUUUGUUGUCCAUAUUGCAAGCAAGAAGAUUUUUCUGCCAACCACUACGAGCAUACCCCGCUUUCAUGGACAAGCGCUGGCAUACUCUGUGCGAUGGGCUGCUGGCUAGGCUGCUGUUUGAUUCCUUUCUGCCUCGACAACCUGAAGAACGUGAGGCACACGUGCCCGUCUUGUGGCAGAGUUGUUGGCUUGCGGAGGGCAUGCGGGCCGUGUCAGGUUGGAACGCACGUGGUCUGCUGCUGCGGCAGGGAUGAUUUCUUAGAAUAUUUGCACGAGCUGGACGUCAACGUUGGGGGA